AUGGUGGUGGAACGUACCUCAUUCCACAGACCAAAAUUCGGAGCCCUAUUGCAAUCCGACCCGAACAUACCUACCCCAAAUAUGAACGACAACAACAACAACAGCGUACGUAGCUCAACCACGAGCCCUGGUUACUACGACAACAGCAGCAACAACAACGUGUGCAGCUCAGCCACGAGCCCCGGUUGUUACGACAACAACCCCUUCAGCUCCGCUGCCAGUCCCGCCUACGCACGUGCCAUGUCCGCCAGCCCCGCCAGUUUCUACGACAACAACAACAACAACAACGUGAGGGGCAGCAGUGGCAAUUCAACUCCAUACGCCAUGUCGCCGUGGACGCAAGCGUCGCCCUACACCAAGUCUCCGUGGAUAACGCCGUCGCCGUUAAAUCCAUUGUUGGACGAGAGGAACUUGCCUGAGAGCGGACUUGUUGGUUCGUUGGUACGAGAAGAAGGGCAUAUAUAUUCGCUAGCGGUGUGCGGGGACUUGUUGUAUACCGGUUCGGAUAGUAAGAACAUCCGGGUCUGGAGGAACUUGAAGGAGUUCACCGGGUUCAAAUCCAACAGCGGGUUGGUGAAGACCAUUGUGAUUUGUGGAGAGAGGAUAUUCACGGGCCACCAAGAUGGAAAAAUCCGGGUUUGGAAAGUUUCGCAGAAAAAGGCGAGCCUUCAUAAACGGGUCGGGUCAUUGCCGACGUUGAAAGACUUUCUCCGGAAAUCCAUGAACCCGAAGAAUUACGUAGAGGUCAGACGCCACCGCAACGUGGUGAGGAUCAGACACUUUGACGCCGUCUCGUGUAUGAGCUUGAACGAAGAAUUAGGCCUCUUAUACUCUGGUUCAUGGGACAAGACAGUAAAGGUUUGGAGAAUUGCCGAUUCCAAGUGUUUGGAGUCCAUAUCGGCUCAUGAUGACGCCGUGAACUCGGUGGUCGUCGGUUUUGAUUCGUUAGUGUUCACCGGCUCGGCGGACGGGACUGUAAAAGUGUGGAGGAGAGAGUUACAAGGCAAAGGGUCGACGCAUUUCUUGGUGCAGACAUUGUUGAAGCAAGAGAACGCGGUUACGGCAUUGGCGGUGAACCAAUCGUCAGCGAUCGUAUACUGCGGGUCGUCGGAUGGGAACGUCAACUACUGGGAACGCAAGAAGCAUCUUACGCACGGUGGGGUCCUCCGCGGCCACAGGCUCGCCGUGCUCUGCCUCGCCACGGCCGGGAACUUGGUCUUCAGCGGCUCGGCCGACAAGAACAUUUGCGUGUGGAGGAGGGAAAUUGGCCAGGGAGGAGCGCAUACGUGCCUUUCGGUCCUGACCGGCCACUUAGGGCCGGUGAAGUGCCUGACCGUGGAGGAAGACCACUGCAGCUCCGAGGACAAAACCGACCAGAAAUGGAUCGUGUACAGUGGGAGCUUGGAUAGGUCGGUGAAGGUGUGGCGGGUUUCGGAGCAAGCACCGGACUUGAGGCAGCUGUUGUUGUCGGAGAAGGAUGAUUCUUCUAGGCCGGACCUGAGUAACUAUUAUUUAUCUAGCACUACGUACUGAAAGGCGGGAAGGGAGGUCGGGAAGUACGUACAACGUACAUAGAAGAUCCAUGAUAGAUGAUAAUCUCUGAUGGGGCGUGGAGAACACGCGCUGUCGCAGAAGACGAUGUCUGUCUGUCUUUCCGGUGGACGGUGGUCCCUUCAAUAACGAGCCAAAAAGCUUCAGACGAAGCUGCAGGGCACCGACCGAUGAAGAGUUAAGUGGUGGUGGUGGUCCUGGGAGGAGCCUUCGUAUAAAGGCUAUAAGGUACACAAUGGAAUAGUACGGACAUGGAGAUACAAGAAAUUCUAUUGGGCCUCAAAGGCCAUGUGUAGCUUGAAAAUGAUGCACAUGAUCGAAAAAUGGACCUUUAGGCGCUUUUGUUUGAUUUUGGGGUAAAGAAAUUGUAUUACCCACAGUUAGUUAGAGUGUGAGUUUUGGAAUGAAUAGUUAGUUUUCUUUGUUUGGAGUGUUGAGU